AUGCCAGUGAUCAGUCCAGCUCCUCUCAGGAGGCGUCACCGCUCCUGUUCUAACCCCGCCCCUUCAUCCAGUUCACCUGGCAGACAUUGCCAAGGUGACGACAGCCAGACGGAGAACUGCGACCACCUGCCUCACUGUCCAGUGGACGGGUUCUGGACUGGUUGGUCCAGUUGGGGUGAGUGUUCCUCUUCCUGUAUCCCAAAAGGUCCAGCUCCUCUCAGGAGGCGUCACCGCUCCUGUUCUAACCCCGCCCCUUCAUCCAGCCCACCUGGCAGACAUUGCCAAGGUGACGACAGCCAGACGGAGAACUGCGACCACCUGCCUCACUGUCCAGCCUCCAGGUUGACUUCGUUGACCUCGAUCACAUCAACCAACAACCAGCCUGCUGACCAGCCGGACUACACAGACCCUCUCCAGCUCUCCCAGCAUCUUUCCAGGUCUCCAGGUCUCCCAGCAUCUUUCCAGGUCUGCAGCUCUCCCAGCAUCUUUCCAGGUCUGCAGCUCUCCCAGCAUCUUUCCAGGUCUCCAGCUCUCCCAGCAUCUUUCCAGGUCUCCAGCUCUCCCAGCAUCUUUCCAGUCAUGGCGUCUGCUGGCCUGCUGUUGCUGCUGCUGGUGUCGUCCUCCCUUAUUCUCUCCAGCCUGAGUGCUUCUGUCCAGCUGGGAAAACCUAAAAUGAGCAGAAAAGAAAAAGCAAAAAAGGGUUUUAAGAUUGCUGCAUAUGUCGUGGAUAAGGGUCUACAUGUGCUCACCCCUGCCUUUGAGGCCAUACCAGUUGCCGGGCCAUAUUUAAAAGCUAUUUCAGAAACUAUACAAGCAAUUCUUGAAGAUUCAGGCGUCAUUCAUGCAGAUCCAACACUUGGUGUCUACAGGGAUGACAUUGCAAAGCUAAAGACGGAAUUCAAAUAUGUACAGACGAAAUGGGACACUAUGGCAGAUCAGUACAACAAGUAUGGGAAUUAUAUUUCUCGCGCCUGGACGAAAUAUACACAACUUAAGGAACUUUGUACAGAUCCAAAUAAAAGCUCUGAGGAGAAGCAGAAUCAUAUCAAUCAUUUCAAAACAUUGUACCCAAAAGUUAGAGGCUACACUGAGAGUUUACACGACUUACUGAAAAAUAGAGAUCUUACUGCCACUAGUGGACCAGAAUUGAAUAAAUUUGGACAGGUUAUGGCUCACCAUGUUAGAUGUCAUGUAAAGGAAAUCAGAGUAUUCACCUUGCUGACAUAUUUACUUGUCAAUCAGGGCAUCGUAGUGAGUCAUUUCAUGGACCAUUUAGACAAGGUGAACGAAGCAAAAGAUCUAGCUCAAAUUUAUGUUGAUUCUGCAUCGGCUUUGUUCCAAAUUAAAAAGUACUGCAUCUCUAACUUUACGGAUUACAUUCAUUUGGAUGUUGAAGACCUUGUUAAAGAUAAGACAGAUCGUAAAAAGGUAGCAGAGAACAUCAGGUCGUUUUUGGAGAAAACAUAUGAAAGCUAUGACUGGAUGGUUAUUGUUUUUAUAACUAAACAUUCAGAAAAAAUUAUUUCAAGAAGGAACCUGCACACUACUUAUGGAUUUGAAGACAUACCAGUAGGGGAACUUACCGUGUCUGUAGCCAAACAGGUGAAAGGGACUUACACCAAGGCAAUACAGGUUUCACAUGACAUUAAAUCAUGUCUUGAGAAAAAUAAGAAAAAAGUUAAAUGUUCGGAGGUACCACAGACACUCGGUGAUUGUAAAACUGCGAAUGGACAUCCGUUGCUUGAGACUUUCACAGCGGUACACGCCUUUAUAAAAGAAAGUCAUCAGAGCACCAGUGCAAAAAAUGUAGAACAUGCAACAAAAGACCCUGAAGCUAAGACUGCUUACUUUUAUGAAGGAGACUGUGUGAGAGAUCGAUUGAAGCCUGGCAGAUUCGUUGUUUUGAUUAAAAGUGAUGAAGAGAUAGAGAACAAAGAUCCCUGUAGCAAAAAGAAAUGUGGUGGUGCGACAAAAGGCAAAUGUGAACUUGUGGAAAACACUUUAAUACCAGUGUGUGAGUGUAAGGGGCAGAACUAUGGAGCUGAAUGUGAGGGGAGCUCACAAGAGAUUGAGAAAAUCAUGUCAAAUACAAAAAUGUCAUGUUGAAUGAAGAAAUGCCUGAAAAUUGAUGCAGCCUGGUGUGACAGAAUUUCAUGAAAUGAGUCUGUUGUAUGAAAACAUUUUAAUGAUUAGAGGUUUCCCAGUUAAACUGUUAGAUAACUGCAUCACAGCAAGUUCUCCUCCUGCUGGAGCCCAUCUGACAAAAAACUUUGCUCUUAACUGUCCAAACAUGAAAUACAUUUUUAUUAUUAUACAUUAAAAAUAUACAUGAAACAUUGUGGAGCACGUAGACUCCGCCCCAACCUGACCUUAAAAACCAUGUGACUUCCUGGUUUACUGAUGGAGGAACCUCAUCUGACCUGAGUGUCAGAGUUCAGAUUCAUUUCAUGAGAUGUUGGUGGUUUUGCUUCCUCUGGGUGUCAAAAUGUGACUGAUGAUGUAUAAACUGCAGAACAACAUAAAAUGCUCCUCGAUGCCUCAUACAGAGCUGCAUCUGACCAGCUGGGGUCACAAUAUUUACAGAAAGAAGUUUAUUUGGUAGAAAAUUGGUUUGUUAUUGGAAAAUGUUUAAUGGUUGGACUGGUAUCAAACCACACCCAGCCCUAAUUAUAUAUAAAAUAUCAUUCAUAAAGAUGGUUAUUGCAGUUUUUCAGACUUAUAUUUAAUAACAGUUUCAUGUUAUGGGCUGUCAGUUAAUGCAUCAUCAGUUGCUAGGCAGAGUUCAGCUGUAACGCAAAAUGCUAAGUAAAGAGCGCCUCCGUCCACAGACAGGAGACAUCAGACUGGAUUCAGAUGAACUGGUUUCUGUCAGAAGACUGGUUUGUUUCAGAAGAAUCAGUCACUGGAAAAUAGAAACACUAAAUACAAACUUUAUUACAACUGUGUGAAGAAACGAUGAGAAAAAUGUUAAAUUUGAAGUAAUUUUGACUGACUUCCUGUUUGAUUUUUAUUGAUGUCAUAACUUCCUGUAUGACCUGUUGUGAUGUCAUAAUGACCUCCUGCCUGACCAUGUGAUCUGAAUGGAUGGAGUUUAAACCAAUGAGAUGCUUUUCUUGCUUUGCUUCUGUUCUGACUUUGUGAUUUGCUAAAAUUAAUAAAAAUAUCAAAUUUUAA